UCGACACUAAAUCUUGCCUUACCGAGGCAAUAAAAAGAAUUACCGUGAAGUACCACUGGCUGUAAUCGGGCUCUGUUUAGACGUUAUUGCUUUCUACAACUUGCAAUUUAUAAUUUCUAUAGAUUUCGGUAGUUUCAUAUCGUUGCUUCUUCUUUUUCGUGAUUUUGAUUUGAAUCCUAGCAUUAUUUAAGUUCCGCAUAGAACAUUGCGGUAUUUGUUGGCUUCUACAGAUAUUUGUACGCAUUGAAAAAGGCUAUUACAUGUUUUAGGGAUAACAGCAGCACCGUAUUUAUUAUUUAACCGUUGCUUGACCCUAAAAAACUCCAAUUGCUUAUAUAAAAUUUGAUAUUAUAUAAAUAGGCCUUCAGCAACGCAAACGAAAGUCAAACCCGUAUUUCUUUCAAAACUUAUUUGACAACUGCUCACUUCCGCUGCUUUAUUUUUAAGCCUUGUCUGAAGAUAAUUUCACAAGUUACUGCAGCAAAAGUUGUUCAAAUAGCACAAAUAUAAGCGUUGGACAUGGCAUCAUGGCUGCCGCUUGUAGCGAACUCGCUUUCUCGAUUGAAGUUCCGCCAUGAAUGUCUGCGGACGAUCCCAGCGCUGAUCCGACAUACAAGAUUCGCGUCGACCAGAUCACCGGAGCUGCCGGGCGACGCGAAUGUGGUUGUGAUUGGCGGAGGGGUGGCCGGUACCAGCCUCGCGUAUCAUCUCGCCAAACAGGGAUGCGAGUCGGUGUUGCUGCUUGAGAUGUCAGAGUUAACGGCUGGGUCUACAUGGCAUGCAGCUGGUCUUGUCACAUCUUACCAUCCCUACGCCAAUGUCAAGCCCCUGCACCAAUAUAGUGUCGAUUUGUUCUCUCAGCUGGAAGAAGAAUCAGGACAGGCAAUUAAUUUACAUUUGCCUGGCAGCAUCCGCAUCGCUACAACUGACCUGCGAGCUGAAGAAAUGAGGUACCAGGUCUCCAGGAACGCUAACAAAGGCUAUCCAUUGAGAUAUCUUACUCCUGAAGAAAUCGUACAACGAUGUCCUCUGUUAGCUAAAGACAAGAUCAAAGCAGGCUUGCAGACGUUUGAUGGCCACGUCGACCCAUACUCACUUACUCAAGCCUAUGCCAAAGCUGCGAGAAAGUACGGAGCUAACAUACGACAAGGCGUUCGGGUACAAGACCUGAGCAGGAGUGGGGGCGGAGGCUGGCGAGUGGAGACCAAUAAAGGAACAGUCACAGCCUCCCACAUCGUCAACGCGGCUGGCUUUCAUGCAAAAGAGGUCGGAGCGCUCACGGGUCAUUAUCUGCCGCUGCUCGCUGUCGAACAUCAAUACAUCGUCACUUCGUCGGUGCCUGAAUUGCAGAAACUUAAAAAAGAAAUGCCAGUUCUUCGGCACUUGGAAGCUUCAGCGUAUAUACGCAUGGAGCGCGGCGGGCUUCUCGUGGGCGCCUACGAGAAACCAGAGGAGAUGAAGCUACAUGAACAAUGGCUUAAGAACGGCGUCCCGAAUGAUUUUUCGAAGCAACUGUUCGAGCCUGACCUCGACAGGAGCGAGCCCUACUUGGCCCAAGUAAUGGAGCUCUUGCCCUGUUUUAAGACGGCACAAAUUCAGAGUAUUGUUAAUGGACCGAUCACUUAUACGCCCGAUGGUCUGCCGAUGGUUGGUCCGCUAACCGAACCUGGACUAUGGGUUGCUGUUGGAUUUGGGUAUGGCAUUAUUCACUCGGGCGGCGCCGGUAAAUAUUUAGCCGACUAUAUCAUGUCUGGCGAACCUCAAGCCGAACUCACGGAAUUUGACCCCGGGCGCUUCAAACGAUCGUGGGUGACGGACGCUUACGUCGUGGAUAAAAUCCGCGAGUCUUACGGCAUGCAGAACCAUCCUGUUUAUCCACACGACGAGCGGUUUGCUGGACGGCCGACCCAGCGCGUGUCAACCGCCAUGAGUCAUCAGACGGAGCGAGGAGCGCAUUUUAGCGUGCACGCUGGCUGGGAGCAACCAUCAUGGUUCGCACGAGGAGAUGAUCAACCAGAGUACAAACCUGCGUAUCAUAGAACAAAUUGGCAUGACUCCGUCAUGCGUGAACACCAACUUGUGACCAAGGCCGUUGGGCUCAUCGAUCUAACGCCGUUCGGUAAAUUCAUAAUAAAAGGACCGGACGCAGCACCAUUUUUGAACAUGGUCACAGCGAACACACUUCCCAGAGAAGGCCGCUGCGUUGUGACUCACGCGCUCACCGCCAGAGGGACGAUAUACGCAGAGUUGACCGUCACGUGUACUGCUCCUGAGACGUACUUGGUGGUGACAGGUUCUGGCUCCGAGAUUCAUGAUCUCAGAUGGCUGAGGGACAAGGCCCUCAAAUGGGGCCAUCGUAACGUGAGCUUCAGCAACGUCACUGAAGACUUAGGAUGCCUCAGCGUUGCUGGGCCAAAAGCCAAACAAGUUCUUCUUGCGGCGUCCAAAGAUUUUCCAGAGCAAUUUCCUUUCUUUGGUUUCCGCACGGUCUCUGUAGGAGACGUCACAGUGAACGCCAUCAAGCUCUCGUACAGCGGAGAAGAGGGUUGGGAACUCUACCAUCACAGACAGCAUACGGGCAAACUUUAUGACAUGCUUCUCGGAAGCGGGGAAAGCUUCGGAAUUGAUGACUUCGGCACAUUCACGUUGAACACUCUGCGGCUCGAGAAGGGCUUCAGGUCGUGGGGAGCUGAGAUGAACGUGGAUACGACGAUGGUUAUGUCUGGCAUGACUUCAUUUAUUGAUUUAAAGAAGGGAGAUUUCCACGGGCGUGAUGCGGUCCUGGAGCAUCUCAGGCACAUGCCACAGAAGCGUCUUGUGCAAGUGGCCUUCCAGUCACCCCAUCUUGACCCUGUGGGCGACGAAGCGAUUUGGGCCAACGGCGCGGUGGUCGGUAACACCACAAGCGGGUGUUUUUCCCCGACCCUGGGCCAAUCUCUGGCCUUCUGUUACCUUCCUCCAGUGCUGUGCUAUCCCGGAACGACGGUUGAGGUACAGAUCCUGAACGAGUUGCUGCCCGCUACUGUCCUCGGUGACCGUCCCGUCGAGACUUACAUCCAGCGCAAAAAGAAGCUCAAUUAACAACACCGUCUGAUAUACAUAUAUGGGAUUAGUUUCAUUGCGUUACUCCAAUAUUGGAAUAUAUUGUUAGUUUCUCCAAUAUAUUCCAAUGGAAUAUUUCCAAUAUUAUUGGAAAUACUGUAACGUUUUUGGCAUGAAGGUUAUUAACUAUGUGUAAUAAUUAAUAAAAUAAUAUGAUCAUAAUAAUUAUUAAAAUA